AAUGUUUGAUGUGGGAGGUCAAAGGUCAGAGAGGAAGAAGUGGAUCCACUGUUUUGAAGGUGUCACUGCCAUUAUCUUUAUCGUGGCCAUGAGUGAGUACGACCUCACUUUGGCAGAAGAUCAGGAAAUGAACCGAAUGAUGGAGAGCAUGAAGCUGUUUGAUUCAAUCUGCAACAACAAAUGGUUCACUGAAACAUCUAUCAUCCUUUUCCUCAACAAAAAGGAUCUGUUUGAGGAAAAGAUAAAAAAAUCUCCACUAACCAUUUGCUUCCCAGAGUACACAG